GUGUUGACACUGAUAGAGAAACAGUGUCGGGACGCGCGUAUACGUGCCGCGUCGCCACAUUUACGCAAGCGCGUGCCAUUUACCCCCCCAACUCUCCCACCCUCGAACGGCAAUUAUAAAACACGAAUUAAAAUUUCGAAAAGAAAAAAAAUCGCCGCAGAGAUUUGUUUGGACUUGUCAGUUAUGUAAACUCGGAGAUAGACGGCUCGGAUGUUUUAUAAAUAUAAUUAUAAUUUCGAAAACAUAUCGUAAGUUUUUUGUUUUUGAGCGUCGCGUUUUGUGUGUAUGUGUGUGCGUGCGCGCUUGUGUUUUUUGAGGCCGUGGGAAGAAAGAAGACAAACAAUAUACACAAUUUGUUUAUUUUAUUUUAUUUUAUUUAUUUAUUUUUUUUGGGACUGUUGUGAUUACCGGAAGUGUGGAACGCAGUGAUUUUUAUUUGUUAUUUGCGAAAAUGAACGAGUUACCGCUCAAUGAGGCGUUGAAUUUCGCGUCGGGUGUGAGGCAUCAGGAGAAUAAUAAUAUUCAUCCCCAAAUAUUGGCUUCGGAAUUGCUACAAACAGAACUGCAUAAAAUAAAGACCGAACCGGAGGUGCCCAAUUAUUCGCUUUCGUCACCAUCGCUCUCUUGUGGCCUAUCCUUGCAUCAUCCACAUGCAACCAUAUCCUCAUCCCCGCAGCCGUUUAACUCCCUCUCCACCGCUGUGCAAGGCACCAUACUAAGUAACCCAAGCAACGCUUCUCACUCGCCCGAAACGCAAGACGAGCUGACUCGUGCUCCGAGUGCGAGUUCUUGCACAGGUUCGCCACAGCCUCAGCCUAGUAGUAGUACCACGCCCACACCAGCUAACCAAAGUAACACGAAACCGCCCUACAGCUACGUUGCUCUCAUAGCGAUGGCUAUCCAGAGCUCGCAUUUGAAGCGUGCCACCCUGUCGGAGAUUUAUUCUUAUAUAACCUCAAAGUUUCCGUAUUUCGAGCGGAAUAAGAAGGGAUGGCAGAACAGCAUCAGGCAUAAUUUGAGCUUGAACGAGUGUUUUGUUAAGGUUCCACGAGAAGGUGGUGGCGAAAGAAAGGGCAACUAUUGGACUCUGGACCCCCAAUACGAAGACAUGUUCGAGAACGGUAACUACAGGAGGCGCAGACGUAUGAAAAGACCAUACCGGUCAGCGCAGCCCUAUCCCAGGGCGUUUCUGGGGGAUGCUUUGGGGCAACACGGACUAGCGCCUUUACCGAGGAACAUCUUUAGCACCCCAACGGCGUAUCCGCCACCGUAUACGCGAUACGAGGCCUCGUGGAUGGGGCCCACUCAGUUAUCUGCCACUUAUAGUGGAUGCAAUUAUCCCCAACAAGGUUAUCCGGCGUCGGCUCCCUUUAGUCCUUGUGGUGUGAGACAGGAGGCGCCCCGUUAUCCUCCUUACUGGCCAUCGGCGGAGAGCGAGUACGCCCAUUCUGCGCCCCACAAUUCACCACCGGCUGAUCAGCAGCUUUUGUUGCAAUGGUGACGUCAUCUAGCUCAUCAGGGUGCCAGUGGUAGUUUUUUGACAGCCCAGUGAAGAACAUGACGUGAUUGCUUUACUCGUUGGUUUCGUGAUUUUCGAUGAUUUGUUCAUUUUUUACUAUACAGGACAGGUUUUUAUGUUUCUUCCAUGCACAAGAGUUGGGUGUGACCAAUAAAUAAGCAAAUUUUUGAGUAAAUCAUGAACGUAUCAAAAAAGGUACCUAUAUAAGCUUUUUGGCAAAAAAAUAUAUAAACGGGAAAAACUUUUUUUUUAUGGAAUAUUUGGGACACCCUAUAACAUGUGAUAAUAAAAAAAGUCAAUGAACUUCGUAAAACGAUGAAAAAAAUUGAAAAUCUUGCAUUCUUUGAAUCUUGAUCUCAGCUGUGAAAAUGUUUUUAUGCUGAUAAUUGUUUUAAUAAAAUUUCUUAAUGUAUAUAGGCGUAUAACAUUUAUACGGGGUGUCCCAAAAUAAGUUGAGUUUGCCCUAUAAACGUGGUGUAGAUAUAAUUUAGUUUUGUGAAAUUUCUGGUGUUAAUAAUCAGUAUAGCAUUUGUAGUGUAUAUAAUUUAAUUUUUUAAUUAAUUUUAUUUUUAUCGGGGGCGUCUCAGACACCUUAUUUAUAUUUAUAUUAAAAAAAAUAAAUCUUUGUUGUUUAUACUUAUUCCGUCCUAUGUAGAGAGUAAGUUUAGGACUCUAAUAGAUGUGUUUCUUUUUUGUUUUUGUUACUUAUUAGCGAAAUGUAAAAAAAUAAAUGAUAUAAAAGAAUA